AUGAGGAUCUGUUUGCUUCGAGCGGCCCCGGGGCAGGAAGACGACCCGCGUUAUUCGGACAUUGAACUCUUCACGGAUAGACACACCUUCGAACAGCGAUUUAUCAGCAGGGAUACUAUCAAACAGGACUUAAACUUCGCUGCGGCAGAAAGUUUUGACCUUUAUUUCAAUUUCCUACACUGGACUUGGUACGGAAGCGACAAUAAAGAAGUUGCCAUUCUUGCUGCAAAAUAUAUCGAGUAUUUGGCAAUUCCAGUUAUUGGGCUACCCAGUCGCGUUUUGGAGAAAUAUGGGCUGGACGAAGAUGGCCGUCUUGUGAUUGGAGACCUAAAUACCGCUCAGGAAGAAGAUGUUACUGCCGGAGACGAGUAUUCAUGCACGAUCAUUGAACUCGAUAAUACGCCUAUACCCUUAUGUCCCGUCUUUGCCCAUACCGAGAUUCCUCUCAAGUCAACCUCCAGCCCAGUUUUUCUCAAUGCAAUUCAAAAACUCACAGAAGAUGCAUUCUAUGCGAAUGAUCUACAUGGAACGUUCUGGUGUACUUUCCUCGUCUGCCUCAACAAAGACUCGAAACCAACUUUGACAGGAAUAACCCCGAUGCCAAAGACAAUAUUCCCGUUCGCCGGAGACGGAAAAAACUCAGCCGCUGAAGCCUGUGCUGUUCGCCAGUCAUUCCCAGGAAGUUACCGGUCAUUGAUCCACUCCCUGAUAGCCUCCUACUUUCUAAAACGAAACCGAAAUAUCGAAGUUUCUCGUCAAGUCGGCCAGGAGUUCGAUACUGUCGCUUCUAAGUAUGACACUGUAACUGCGGGGAUUUAUCAUGAAGGCCUCAAAGGUAUUGUGCAAAAGUACAAUUUCGACGGCGUCGUUCUUGAUAUCGCUUGUGGAACGGGAUUGGUAGCCCGACUUCACGGCGAUACACAUAAUCGCAGCAGGUUUAUUGGGAUGGAUAUUUCCUUACAAAUGAAAACGGAAUGUCUCCGUCAUGGAUUAUACAGCAACGUUCUCGUCGGUCCCAUGCAGCGGCUAUUAAUAGUCCAGAGAGAUACCGUACACCAUGUCAUAUGCAUCGGAGCUUUCCUGUUCCUCGAAAGUAACGAGUUAUCGCUAGUCUUAUCGCGGAUAUUUCAAUUGGCAACGGCUUCGGUUACAUUUACCAUCGAUGAAAUACCAGAUUCCUAUAAUAAAGCUCAGACGGAGAGGGGGCGUGGGCAUAUGGCCGGGUUUAAUCAUCUGGAUGAAGUUGAGAGAUUUGGAAUACCAGUCGGUUGGAAGUUGGCUGAUCGCUGGCGGUUUUUGGGAUGGACCUCGCCGACGACAGGUAGUGAAAUAUAUUCAAACGUGUUCAGGUUUGAGGCGCUACAAGAAUAG